AAAAGCAAAAGAAAGCUCUCGCAGAUCCUCCUCCGACUCCUCCCCAUAUCUGCCUCCCUUCGCAUUCUCGCGUCUCGUCGAUCGUUCUCGUUUUCUCCCUUCGAAGCCACUCCUCGUUCCUCAAUCCUCCUCUUUUUCUUCUUCUCCGCGUGGAGAGAUCGUGGAGUGUAUAUACGGGAGCUCUCUGAAUUCGAGGCAGAGUACACGGUGGUUCGCGCGGUGAAUCGGAUUCGGUUGGUUGUUUUUGGGUCGAAUCCGGUUCGAUUCGAGCCAUGUCGGGCCGAGAUCUUGAGCGAGGCUCCGGGAAGGGCGCCGCCCCGGCCAAUUACCGCGGUGGGAGCUACAACCAGACGGCGUACUACGCGAAUCGCCGCCGUGACUCCGACAGCCAGUGGACGUCGUGGCUGGUCCCGGUGAUCGUCGCCGCCAACGUCGCGGUGUUCAUCGUGACGAUGUUCGUGAACAAUUGCCCGCGGAACAAUCUCGGGUUCGAAGGCGGCUGCUUCGCCAAGUUCCUCGGGAGGCUCUCGUUCCAGCCGCUCAAGGAGAAUCCUCUCUUCGGUCCUUCUUCGGAAACAUUGCAGAAGAUGGGAGCUUUAGUGUGGGACAAGGUUGUACAUGGAAACCAAGGUUGGAGACUCAUCACAUGUAUGUGGUUGCAUGCUGGUGUCAUUCAUCUGCUUGCAAACAUGCUGAGCUUGGUCUUCAUUGGCAUUCGCCUUGAACAGCAAUUCGGCUUCGUGAGAGUUGGAGCUAUCUAUCUAAUAUCAGGAUUUGGUGGUAGCAUCCUGUCCUCCCUUUUUAUUCAGAACAAUAAUAUCUCUGUCGGUGCUUCUGGCGCUCUCUUUGGGCUUUUGGGAGCGAUGUUAUCAGAGCUUAUUACUAACUGGACCAUCUAUACCAAUAAGGCUGCAGCACUCUUCACAUUGAUUUUCAUCAUAGCCAUUAAUCUAGCAUUGGGGAUUCUCCCUCAUGUGGACAACUUUGCCCAUAUUGGAGGAUUCUUGACAGGAUUCCUUCUCGGUUUUAUUUUGCUCGUCCGGCCCCAGUUUGGCUGGGUGGAGAGUCGUUAUCGUACUGCCGAUGCUCGGGUCAAAUCGAAGCACAUGGGUUACCAAUAUGUCCUCUGGCUGAUUGCCUUGGUCUUGUUGAUAGCUGGAUUUGUGGUGGGGUUGAUCAUGCUUUUCAGAGGAGAGAAUGGAAAUGAUCACUGCAGCUGGUGCCACUACCUCAGCUGUGUGCCGACUUCGAGAUGGAAGUGUAAUAACUGAGAUAAGUCCCGAGAGCUCUGUGUCUCACAUACUCGUGUUCGUGGUACAUUUGAUUCUUUGUUUAUUUUGUGACAUCCCUUACUGCUGUGUAAAUCUGUAGCUUCAAACAACUCCCCGUAUUUUACCCGUCGACUUAUAGAAAUACAGUAUACCGAGGUCAAAUCUCUCUAAAAAAAAAAAUAGAUUGAAUGAAUUGCAUUCACUUGGAUUCGCAAGAAGAGAAUGUG